UUUGAGCGGUAGGAUGCCCAAAAGAGAUUGUAACUUGAGUGACGACAGUCUUUCAGACGAUUCAGACGAGCCCGUUUCUAAGGUGUCCAUCAGUAAGAAACCUAGUCACAAGGAAAAGGCAGUUACUAAAGAGGUUAGAGUAGAGUCAAAACCAGCACCCAAAAAGAAGGCUAAGAAAGAGGCUUCCUCUAGCGAUGAAAGUAUAGAUGAUGACUUUGAUGAUUGUUCUAGCAGGGGACUGGAGCCAGGAGGAUACUGGCUGGAGGAGAAACGGAUGCGCAGAAUUCAGGUCAGACAGUUUAAGGGCAAACCAUUGAUCGAUAUCAGAGAAAUGUAUAUGGGAGCAAACGGGAUGGCUCCUGGUAAAAAGGGGAUUUCCCUUAAUGUUACUGAGUGGAGAAAACUUGUUAAAUUGAUCAAAAAAGUGGAUGAUGAAAUACUUAAGAUCACGUAGCCGUUUCGAGUAUUUUUUAUGGGUUUUAUCUCAACGAUGUUCGAUCCUUAGAUCUUUAGAUCCUUAGAUCGUAACUCUUUUGUUUUGAUGACACGUUUUCACGUGGCAGGGAUUUAUUUAUUUUUCUUAUCUUCAAAGAUUGACAAUCAAUUACAUUCAUGCCUGUGUGUUUUUUUUGACAAGUUGAAUUCUUGACUUGUUUGCACAACAUGACAACUUCCCAGGCAGAGCCGGAUGGCGAAUAAUUUAUUUCAUAAAAUUAUCUUGAUUUGAAUAUUUCAUUUUAAAUAUCGCUGAACGUUA